GAGCAUUGGACCAGAGCAGCCGCAGCAGCGCUCUCUCUCUCCUCACACCAGCUCUGAGGCUCUCAGCGGGGUGUGAGAGAAACCAGCGCCUGUGGGAGACCAGGGACCUCCACCGUCCUCCUACUCAGUCUGUGCUCAGGAGAAUGGGCAAAUCUGAAAGCCAAAUGGACAUCAUGGAGAAAUCUAGUAAACCUGGGAAACACCGCUGGACCGCGGCUGAGAUCGGGCUGUCCGUGCUGCUGCUGCUGGUCAGCUGUGCCCUGGCUGGACUCGUGGUGCUAUACACGUCGGCAGUGAAAGAGCAAUCUAACAGGCCGAGUGUGGCAAGGGAGUCCAAGGGUUCCACACUUACAGGCCAGCAGGAUCACUCAACCUCAGAUAAUGUUUGCACAACCGCUGACUGCGUUACAGCAGCUGCACGUCUGCUGCAGAACAUGGAUAGCUCGGUGAAGCCCUGUGAGAACUUUUACCAGUUUGCCUGUGGGGGCUGGUUAGAGCGGCACGUCAUCCCAGAGACCAGCUCCAGGCACAGUGUCUUUGACAUCCUGCGCGACAAACUUGAGAUUGUCCUUAAAGGUGCUCUGGAAACACCAAGUGACCGAGACAGAGAUGCCAUUAGAAAGGCCAAAGUGCUUUACAACUCCUGCAUGAAUGAAAGUCUAAUCGAGCAAAGAGAUUCUCAACCUUUACUCAAACUCAUAGAGAGUAUAGGAGACUGGCCUGUAGCAUCUGAUGAUUGGAGCAACACAACAGAGGAAGUUUGGAGCUUGGAGGACACUCUCGCCACCCUCACAGCUCGGUUUCACAAGAAGGUUGUACUAGACAUGUACGUGUGGACAGACGACCGCGACUCGCAGAGACAUAUCAUCUAUAUUGAUCAGCCAGGAUUGGGGAUGCCAUCAAGAGACUAUUACUUCAACGAUGGGAACUACAAAAAGGUUCGAGAGGCAUACCUCCACUUCAUGGCUUCGAUCGCCAAAAUCACUCGUGAGGAUCGGAAUUUGACUCAGGAUGAUGAAAGAGUUUGGGAAGAGAUGAUCCAAGUGCUGGAGUUGGAAACCGACAUCGCAAACGCCACGUCUCCAGCCGAGGAACGCCAAGACGUCACGGUCCUCUACAACAAGAUGACUCUGAGCGAGCUGCAGAGCACGUACAGCUUUAACGGUUUUAAUUGGACCAGAUUUAUCCAGGGUGUCCUCUCCAGUGUGUCAGUGGAAAUCCAGUCGGAGGAGGAGGUGGUCGUCUACAGCGCCCCCUAUCUGGAGAAGAUGAAUGAAGUGUUGUCUCGACACAGCGUCAGAACUAUGCAGAACUACCUCACAUGGCAGCUCAUCAUUGACAGAGUGAACAGUUUGAGUCGCAGAUUCAAAGAUGCACGAGCACGAUACAGAAAGACCCUUUAUGGCACAACGGUGGAGGAUGCCUGGUGGCGAGAGUGUGUCCGAUACAUCCAGAGCAGCAUGGAGAACGCAGUAGGAGCGUUAUACGUCAGGGAAACCUUUGCUGGAGAGAGCAAGAGGAUGGUUAGUGAUCUUAUUGUCAAAAUCCAACAAGCUUAUGUGGAGACACUGGAGGAGCUGAGCUGGAUGGACACGCCUUCAAAAGAGAAAGCACGAGAAAAGGCUAUGUCAAUAAAGGAACACAUUGGCUACCCAGACCAUAUUCUGCAAGAGGACAACCAGAAACUUGACCAGGAAUACAGCCAUUUAAACUUCAGUGUGGAACAUUAUUUUGAAAACAUCCUGGAAAACCAGCGCUCCGAGGCCCAGAAGAGCCUGAAGAAACUCCGAGAGCCAGUGGACCCCGACCUGUGGAUCAUUGGAGCUGCUGUGGUCAAUGCCUUUUACUCUCCAAAUAGAAAUCAAAUCGUAUUUCCUGCUGGGAUCCUGCAGCCGCCUUUCUUCAGUAAACACCAACACCAGGCCUUGAACUUUGGAGGAAUCGGAAUGGUCAUCGGACAUGAAAUCACGCACGGAUUUGACGACAAUGGACGUAAUUUUGACAAAGAUGGAAACAUGCUUAACUGGUGGAGUAAUUACUCAGCGGAGCAGUUUAAGGACCAGUCUCAGUGCAUGGUGCAGCAGUACGGCAACUUUAUCUGGAAGCUCGCAGGCGGACAGAAUGUUAGUGGCAUCAGCACUUUAGGAGAAAACAUAGCAGAUAAUGGAGGAGUGCGUCAGGCGUAUAAGGCCUAUCUGAAGUGGGUGGAAACGGAGGGAGAGGAGCCUCGGCUGCCUGGGUUAGACAUGGACCAUAAGCAACUUUUCUUUCUCAAUUUUGCUCAAGUUUGGUGUGGGGCUUAUCGACCAGAGUAUGCAAGUCAGUCUAUCAAAACAGACUCCCAUAGUCCUUUAGAAUACAGGGUCCUCGGAUCCCUCCAGAAUUUUGAAGCAUUUUCCGAAGCGUUCCAGUGUCCACGAGGAAGUCAAAUGAACCCAGAGCAAAAGUGCAGAGUCUGGUAGAGAUUUUAAACAUGAAUAUAUAAAAGUAAAUAUAAGUUAUUUUUUGUGAAUUUCUGAAAUGUAAAAACUUACUUUGAAAUGCUUCUUAAGUUCAUAAAGAUAUCAAACAGGUUUUAAGUGCAAUACUGUGCCAAGGAAUUCACUUUUUAAAUACUUUUUCUUAGGCAGAAAUAACACUUUG